GGGCGUGCGGCAGCCAAUCGGGAGCCGGGAACGCUGCCCCCGCGGCCGCCGGCGGAGACAGACAAAGGCCGGGACGCGGGGGGCGCAGGGCGUGUCCCGGGGCGCCAGGAGCCCCCUGAUCCUAAUCGUGGUUGAAGGCCUUGCACUGUUGGACUUGGGAGUGUCUCCGUAUUCUGGAGCAGUCUUUCAUGAAAGAUGAUGGAAUCCAGAAGACAGUAGAAAGGUAUCCAUAUAGUACUGAAAGAAAACGGCUGCCAACAUGGAAUUCUAUACUAGGAAGAAAUGUCUUUCAGAAAUGAAGGCAAAAUAAAGACAUUUCCAAGCAAGUAAAAAUUGAUAGAAUUUGUUGCCAGAAGACCUGCAUUAUAGAAAAGAGAAAAAGGCAGAAGGAUUAUGACCUUCAACAGUAUCAUGGAAUAUAAGAAGGAAUAAAUAACAGUGAAAAAAAGACUCCGUUAAUAAUAUACCUCUUUCAUUUCCUAAUUGAUUAUGCUGAAUUGGUAUUCAUGAUAACUGAUGCACUCACUGCUAUUGCCUUGUAUUUUGCAAUCCAGGACUUCAAUAAAGUUGUGUUUAAAAAGCAGAAACUCCUCCUAGAACUGGACCAGUAUGCCCCAGAUGUGGCUGAACUCAUCCGGACCCCUAUGGAAAUGCGUUAUAUCCCUCUGAAAGUGGCCCUGUUCUAUCUCUUAAAUCCCUACACGGUCUUGUCUUGCGUUGCCAAGUCUACCUGUGCCAUCAACAACACCCUCAUUGCUCUCUUCAUUUUGACAACAAUAAAAGGAAGUGCUUUCCUCAGUGCUAUUUUUCUUGCCUUAGCAACAUACCAGUCUCUGUACCCACUCACCUUGUUUGUCCCAGGACUCCUCUACCUCCUCCAGCGCCAGUACAUACCUGUGAAAGUGAAGAGCAAGGCCUUCUGGAUCUUCCUGUGGGAGUAUGCCAUGAUGUAUGUGGGAAGCCUAGUGGUAAUCGUUUGCCUCUCCUUCUUCCUUCUCAGCUCCUGGGAUUUCAUUCCCGCAGUCUACGGCUUCAUACUUUCUGUUCCAGAUCUCACCCCAAACAUUGGUCUCUUCUGGUACUUCUUUGCAGAGAUGUUUGAGCACUUCAGCCUCUUCUUUGUGUGUGUGUUUCAGAUCAACGUUUUCUUCUACACCAUCCCCUUAGCCAUCAAACUAAAGGAGCACCCCAUCUUCUUCAUGUUCAUCCAGAUUGCUAUCAUCGCCAUCUUUAAGUCCUACCCGACUGUGGGGGAUGUAGCCCUCUACAUGGCCUUCUUCCCUGUGUGGAACCAUCUCUACAGAUUCCUGCGAAACAUCUUUGUCCUCACCUGCAUCAUUGUCGUCUGCUCCCUGCUCUUCCCUGUCCUGUGGCACCUGUGGAUCUAUGCAGGAAGUGCCAACUCAAACUUCUUUUAUGCCAUCACACUGACCUUCAAUGUUGGGCAGGCCAGCUCUCUGCUGUGGCCCGGGAGUGCAGUGGAGGAUGGCCCAAGUGCCUGGGCCCUGCACCCCAUGGGAGACGAGGAGAAGUACCUGGUUCCUGCCAUCGGAUCAGCGCAGUGCGCCGGCCGCAGCGCACUAGCCGCGGCGGCCAGUGGAGGGUGAACCAACGGCAAAGGAAGACCUUUCUCUCUGUCUCUCUCACUGUCCACUCUGCCUGUCAAAAAAAAAAAAAGAAAAAGAAAAAAAACAACUUUAUAUCUGAAGGAAUUUAAAUGUUUAUCCUGGCUCUACUGUCUUGCUGGAAUCGCCUUACUUUUCCUUAUGUCACAGGGAUAACUGGCAUGUGAGGGACCUGGGCCAACUCUUGGCAAGUUCCCUGAAAUAGUCUGUGGCCUGUUGUCUUGAGUCUCAAGUUUGAGUCAUGAAAUAAAAUUACAGUGACUCUGAAGUAUCCACGCAACUUGGUGGAUAAGAGCCUCCUCCCCUGUGGCUACCUCUCUGAGGGAGGGGUCUCAUAAAUGGAAUUUUGGAAAAAGAGGGAUUGGCAUUGGGCGUGGAAACCAAAGGCAGGUGUAUCAAGUGUGUUAGCUGAGUUACACAGAAAAACCAGAUGAACUCUUAGCAUUUUCUUGUCUCUUCUUAAAAAUGUCUUUGUGGGAGCCACAACCACUUAUGAUGGUGUUUCCCAUAUUGGAGCACUGGUUCAAGUCCCAGCUCCUCUGCUUCCAGUGCAGCUCCCUGCUAAUGUGCCUGGGAAGGCAGUGGAGGACGGCCCAAGUGCUUGGGCCUGCCUCCCGUGCGGGAGAACCAGUUGUAGUUCCUGGCAUCUGGCUUCAGCCUAGCCCAGCCCUGGCUGUUGCAGCCAUUUAAUAAGUGAGCCAGUAGAUGGAAGAUUCAUAUUCUUUCUUCCUGCCCCCCACCUCUCUCAAACUCUGCCUUUCAAAUAAAUGUUUUUGGUUUUCUUUUACCUUAAAAAACCUUUGUAAAGUGUACUUAAAAAAAAUACUUUAUUUACUUGAGAGGUCUAGAGAGACAGAGCUCCUAUCCUCUGGUCCACUCCUUAAAUUGCUGCCAGUGGUCAGGGCUGGACUAGGCCAAAGCCAGGAGCUGUGAACUCAAUCUAGGUCUCUCACAUGGGUAACAGAGCCAAUUGAGUAAUUAUCCGCUGCCACCCAGGAGCUGCAUUAGCAGGAGGCUGGAGACUGGAGCCAGAGCCAGGACUUGAACCGAAGCAACUCCAGCGUGGGGUGUGGGUAUUUUAACCACUAGGCCAAAUGCCUCCCCUGGUAAAAUGUGUUUCUAACCACACAAGUAAUACAUGAAUUCAUUAUCAUUGGGAGAAAGAACAAACAAGAUAAAAGAAUAUGAAAUAAAAAAUAAAGCUCCGUCUGAGCCUCCAUCCUCUCUCUCUGCCCCGUGUUCACUACGGUUUGUGUCUUUGCAGACUUUCUCUGUGAUUUACAGACAGCUGGAAGUGGAGAGCUUUUCAGUUCAGAUAUGUAAUGGCAUCCUACUCUAACUACUGUUCUUUGACUUGCUGGGUUUGGGAUUUUUUGUUGGUUUUUAUAUUUUUUUUUUCAUCUAUUUCUAUUUAAAAAAUGUUAAUUAGUUUUAAACAUUAAAUAUGGCUUAUAGAUAUAAUUCUAAGAACAUGUGGUAUUCCUUUCCUCCCACCCUCCCCCUUUCUCCCUCUCACCCUUUCUUUUUUUAGUUUUUGAGAUAACAUACUUUAAGUUUAAAUACAGUAAAAAGGCUUAAUAAUUCACCAAAUAAGAAGUUUAACACGUAAAAAGCAAAAAGACUGUAGUUAAUAGGAAUAUACAGUGGCUAUAAACAAUAAUUGAAUGGAAAAUGACCAUUUCAUCCAUAAAUAAUAAAGUAAUCACAGGUCAUUAAAACUAUACUAGUAGUAUAACAUUCUUUAUCAUUAGUUUGACAAAGAUGAAAAAAACAGUUUCAAAAAACUAUAUUUGCAGGCUGGUGCCACGGCUCAAUAGGCUAAUCCUCCACCUUGCGGCGCCAGCACACCGGGUUCUAGUCCCGGUCAGGGUGCCGGAUUCUGUCCCGGUUGCCCCUCUUCCAGGCCAGCUCUCUGCUGUGGCCAGGGAGUGCAGUGGAGGAUGGCCCAAGUGCCUGGGCCCUGCACCUGCAUGGGAGACCAGGAUAAGUACCUGGCUCCUGCCAUCGGAUCAGCGCAGUGCGCCGGCCGCAGCGCGCCAGCCACGGCGGCCAUUGGAGGGUGAACCAACGGCAAAGGAAGACCUUUCUCUCUGUCUGUCUCUCUCACUGUCCACUCUGCCUGUCAAAAAAAAAUAGAAAUAAAAAUUAAAAAUUAAAAAAAAACAAACUAUAUUUGCAACAAUACUGAUACACACAGGGCUUUCUUUUUUUUAAUUUUAGUUCCCACAUAUAAGGGAAAACAUACAGUAUUUGUCUUUCUGUGUCUGGGUUAUUUCACUCAACAGUUGUGUCCAUUUUGCUGCAAAUGGUAGAAUUUUUUUUUUCUGAAUAAUAUUCCGUUGUGUAUGUAUACCACAUUUUCUUUAUCCAUUCAUCUGAUGAUGGACAUGAUGGUCGAUUUCAUAUUUUGGCUAUUGUGAGCAGUGAUGCAGAUAUUUCUUUGAUACGAAGUGUUCACGUCUUUCGGGUACAUACCCAGUAGUGGGAUUGCCGGAUCAAUAUAACAGGACUUGCUGUUUUUUAAUGGUGCUAUGGCAGCCCAUGGUUAGGACGUACCAUGAUGUAUUUAGCUAGGGAAGCCUUGUCAAUGGGCAUUGAGCUUACUCCUGGUUAAGGAAGAGCUUUGCACAUCCCUCCACGUACUUGUGCACACAUGUGCGUGUUUUUCAGGAUAGAUUCCAGGCUGUGAGAUUUACUGGGUUGGAGUGCAUGUGUUUUAUGUCUUUGGGAGAUACUGUCAAAGAUCCCAGUCCCCAGGUCUCCCGGCAAGAGUUGUCCAGUGACCCCUGAGCUGGCACGUUGUUCAGACAUCUGGCACACUUGUGUCAUUGACCUCCUUGGGCCUGAGCUCUGUGAGUCACAGAUAGCUCUGUUGGGUCAAAUGCUUCUCAGGGCUGCUGGCUUUGGGCCUUGCUCCUGCCGCUUCCAGAUCGCUAAAGCAGUAUGUCAGAUGGUGACACUUGCUCCCCGAGGCCCAGCUUCUGCUUCCAUGGGACUCGCAGUCAGUGCUCUCAUUGAGGUGUGUGGCAUUCAGGGGCAUGUCUCAGUUCCACAGGCUGUCUUCUGAGCACUUCCAGCUGGGAAGGUGCCUCCUGUUCAGCAGGCCUCACCCUUCCCUCCCUGUGUAGAGCAGGUCAGAGCUGUCCUGGAGUCCAGAUUUCAGCCAUGUGUCCAGAACCCAGACCAUCAUUGCCAAAAUCAAGAGCCAAGUGUGGAGAACAUCUUGGGCUUAGAUUGUUUCCCAGGUCUUGCUCUGUUUAAGUUGAUCAGUGUCAUGCCCUGACACAGAGCGGAUUAUAUAUAGGUCUGAGUUACACUAGCUGAUAAGCCAGACACUAAGUCCCCUCCCUUCCCCGGUAGUCCUUAAGUAUGUUUCAGCAUGUGGCACAGAUCAUUUGCUAAUUAGGAUUGUGCCUCAGCGUUGGUAACAGGAAAUGGCAACACAGAGCAUCCAUGGAUGUGCGUGAGCAUGGAUAUGAGAGGGAGGAGGAGCACUUGAGAUCUGAUGGUGACGCAGUGUCUUCCCUCACUUCUCACUGUGUAACCUGCAGCAAGUGAUUUAACUUCUUGGUGUUAUGAUUUCCCAGUCUCAAAAACCAGGGUGAUAAUCCCCUCUUCCCAGGACACUACCCAAGGCUCAACAGUGCCUUGAUCUUGUGUCAGCCUGGGAAGCAGCAGAGGCAGCCGAGACACCGAGGCAACGUCCUGGAGAAACAGUCAGCCGCAUAAACCAUGGGGAGAAGAGCUAACUCCACUCCUCCUCCUUUCUUCUCCUUUUUUUUACACCCUUUUCUUUUGUGGGUCUGUGAUCAGUAGAAGCAAAGCCAAGAAGCAAAAACCAAAGAUUACAUGUAAACAUAAAGGAGUUUGUUUAAGUGUAGCUUUUUUAAAAGAAUAAGAUAAAAUGUCCCAUUCACUGUAAUUCAGUUUAAAAACAAGGAAAAUUAUUAUUGAUAAGAGCUCAUUUUUAAAGGGAGUUUACUGGGGGCCAGCCCUGUGUGGUCCCUUUAAUCUUCUGGAUCAUGUGUUUGGAUUUCUGUUCAUUGCCCUAAUCAUCUGCAUAUGCUCUUAGAAAAGUUUUGUGUGUGUGUGUGUGUGUGGUGUGUAUUAUUGGUACAGUGAUGAAUGUGACUUUUCUUUUUAUUUAUUUAUUUAUUUAUUUUAUUUUUUGACAGGCAGAGUGGACAGUGAGAGAGAGAGACAGAGAGAAAGGUCUUCCUUUGCCGUUGGUUCACCCUCCAAUGGCCGCCGCGGCCAGCGCGCUGCGGCCGGCGCACUGCGCUGAUCAGAUGGCAGGAGCCAGGUGCUUCUCCUGGUCUCCCAUGGGG